AUGGCUUCCCAAGAUGGAUCCGACCAUGGUGAUUCUGGAUCACGGCAAAAUGCCUCCUCCAGGGAACAAGAAAGUGAAAGUGAAGGAACUUUCACUCUCAUAGAUCUCAUUACAGCUAUGCAGACUAUGUGUGAAACCCAGAGGGAGAUGAUGGAUACUAUCAAGGAAUUAAAAAAUGCCGCCUCUAAGCCAAGUGAAGAGGACGACAGACAUCCACAAGAAGAAUCUGUUGUUGCUGGAAAAGGGUCUAAACAAAAGGGACCAUCUUUUGUUACCCAGGAAGAUGUCGUUGCCAUGCUGGAAAAAAAGCUUAGUCGAAGCCAGGAGGAUUGGAAGUACAUUCCUCAACCACUGUACCCAUCAAGCUUACUCUAG